GCCACUCCGCAGCUGGUCGCCGGGGACCCGAUCCCUCCCGCGCGCCCGAGUGAUGGAGGGGAAGAGAUUCUCUUAGACACACACUCGCGCACACAGCUGGGCACGUCUCCGGGAGGCAGCCGCCGGGAGCCGGGCGGCGGCCGUGACAGCACCAGCCGCGGGGAGCCGGGCGCCCACGCAGCUUGGCCCCGGCGGCUCCAAGACCCCGGAAGGAAAGAUCCCAGCCUCACUGACUGUCGCUCUUUUAGGCUGACCAGGAGGAAGCAAGCUGCGCAAGGACCUGUCACGAGGACGCAGGAGGUUCUCCGGUCGGCGCUCAGAGUCUGGGGCCGCGCCGGUGCCCGCGUGGGGCGAGGAGGAUGCUCACCUCCUCCCGCAGAGCCGCUGCGGGCCCAGGCACUGCGCGGACUCGGGCUCCCGCGGUCGCCCCUGCCGUGCCCGCGCCGCGGGAGCGCGCCCUGCCGUACCUGGCUCCAGCCUCCAGGGGAAGUGCGGGAAACGCGCCCUAAACUCCACUACUUCUCGCCCGCCUCCUCCCCUUCCUGGCUCCCCGCCCCAGACCUGGCAGCCGCCGCCGCCGCCUGCGUGUGGGGCCCGCCUGCCUCUUACUCUCACGCGCGCACGCACAGCCCCGCUGGCUCGCUCGCAUUCGAGCAGCCUCGCUCCCCGCGGAGCCGAAGCCCGGACGUCCGGAACUACUGCACCGACUGCCAACGGGACUGCUGGAGACGCCCUGUGGCCCGGCGCGACCCGCCGCUGGCCCCCGCGCCCUGGGCUCCCGCCCACGCCGCCGCCGCCGCCGCCGGGGACGUUGAGGUGAUUAGGUACCCAGAGGCUUCAGCAUUGCUGUCUUCCCUUCUCAAUGGCGUUUCUGGUGUCCACCUCAGGAGUCUCCUUGGCCAGCCCUGAAACACUUGAAAAUUAAACAGAGAAUCCACUGCAUAUAUUCUUCUUGAAAAUUUCCAUUGUAUAUGUUCAGAACGUUCUGAAUAAGAAUAAGGAUUUGAAGGUGCUAACAGAGCAGGGGACAAGCCAAAAGGACAGCAGUAGAUGCGGAGAGGCCAUGGAACAUCCACCAAGCAGAUAAUCAUCGCUGGAAUAACUGGAGGUGUCUGAAUGUAGGCUGCAGAAGUCCUGAAGGUUGAUGGAGGGCCAUGCUAUUCAAACAGCAGGCAUGGCUGAGACAGAAGCUCCUGGUGCUGGGAAGCCUUGCCAUUGGGAGUCUCCUGUAUCUAGUCGCCAGAGUUGGGAGCUUGGAUAGGCUACAACCCAUUUGCCCCAUCGAAGGCCGAUUCGGAGCCCGUGGUCAGGCUGAAUUCCCCCUGCGCGCCCUGCAGUUUAAACGUGGCCUGCUGCACGAGUUUCGGAAGGGCAACUCUUCCAAGGAGCAGGUACGCCUUCAUGACCUGGUCCAGCAGCUCCCCAAGGCCAUUAUCAUCGGGGUGAGGAAAGGAGGCACCAGGGCCCUGCUUGAGAUGCUGAACCUCCAUCCGGCAGUGGUCAAAGCCUCUCAAGAAAUCCACUUUUUUGACAAUGAUGAGAAUUAUGCCAAGGGCAUUGAGUGGUAUAGGAAAAAGAUGCCUUUUUCCUACCCUCAGCAAAUCACAAUUGAAAAGAGCCCAGCAUAUUUUAUCACGGAGGAAGUUCCGGAAAGGAUUUACAAAAUGAACUCAUCUAUCAAGUUGUUGAUCAUUGUCAGGGAGCCAACCACAAGAGCUAUUUCUGAUUACACUCAGGUGCUAGAGGGGAAGGAGAGGAAGAAUAAAACCUAUUACAAGUUUGAGAAGCUGGCUAUAGACCCUAAUACCUGCGAAGUGAACACGAAAUACAAGGCAGUAAGAACCAGCAUCUACACCAAACAUCUGGAACGGUGGUUGAAGUACUUUCCAAUUGAGCAAUUUCACAUCGUCGAUGGAGAUCGCCUCAUCAUGGAACCCCUGCCAGAACUUCAACUCGUGGAGAAGUUCCUAAAUCUUCCCCCGAGGAUAAGUCAAUACAAUUUGUAUUUCAAUGCUACCAGAGGGUUUUACUGCUUGCGAUUUAACAUUAUCUUUAAUAAGUGCCUGGCGGGCAGCAAGGGGCGCAUUCAUCCAGAGGUGGACCCCUCUGUCAUUACCAAAUUGCGCAAAUUCUUUCACCCUUUCAAUCAAAAAUUUUACCAGAUCACUGGGAGGACAUUGAACUGGCCCUAAAAUAAUGUCGUACAACACUAUGUGUUGUGCCUGGGGACACACAAUGUCUCGUCUGGAUUAAAAUAUGCACUUUUCCUAUAGACACAACUGUCCAAGUCAUUUUUCCAUGUAUACUUGUACAUACGCAGUGUGUGACCAAAUAUAAGAUCAGCUCUUUUUCUACUGAAAAUUUACAAAAAAACAAAACAAAAAACAAACCAAUUUGCUAUCUACAUAGUUGCAUCUUUUAUGCUAUUUACAAAAAGAAGAGGUGGUGGUACUGGGGGAAAGUGACUUCAGCUAUUCUCAAAGAGUUAGUCUUCCUUUGAGUCAGAAUUUGUCGCCUGCCAUUUUCAUAGAUUUAAGCCAAAAGAUUAACAUGUGAAAAUGUACCAAUGGCUGUGAAGUUUCAGGAAGUAGAGGAUUCGGUUAUGCAUUCUUUUCUAAGGGAAAGCUGACUCUAAUUCAGAUGCUGAAUUGAUGCCAUGAAAACAGAAAAUACUAUUUUCUUCUUAUUUAAAAAAAUGUCUUAUCUCAUAAAAUUGACAUCGUUCCAAAGUUCCUGUGGUGAUUUUGCACUAUCGUUUUCUCAUAUGGACCAUGGUGUCACUUGUAGCAUGUCAAUCACACAUCGGAAAGUCAAGUCCUUUUACUUCCGUGUUCUAUGUCAAUAAAGAGAAAUGUCAUGUACAUAGUGUAUAUAGUUGUAAAUACUGGUUUCACACUAAGUAAUUCUAUUUUGUAAACUGAAUAUGGCUAUUUAAUUUAUUGUGAAAAUUAAAUUUAUUGUGGUAUUUAAAAAAUGGAAUGGAUUAAAAUUACUCUAUGUGCAAUUUUUUUUUACUCAUUUUGUUUUAUGUGCCCCUUGCUGGAUCCCAAAGUCAAAGCUGUUUAUGUGCACAUGAGAGCACUUGGAAAGAUGCACUUCUCCGUUGGAUUUCUGUACCCUUGUGAUAUAAAGAAAGGUUGGAUAUAUUUUUUAAAAUAUCUCAACCAUCUGGAAAUCUAGUAUAACAGCCACCUCAAAGAGCACUUGUGCUUCUCUGCUACAACCUUGUAACAAUUAACUUACUUGCAGUUGCUCCUGGCGCUAGGAGACAGACAAGAAAUACUUUAACGUAAUCAAGGCAUAGAAGAAUCACAGUUUUAUAUGAACCUCUGAUCAAAGUCAGACCAAUAAAGAAAUUAAAUAAAAUAAGAUUAGAAAACUUGUGUAACCUCUGUACUGAAAUCUGCUGACGCUUCUGCAAACUCUCAGAAGUCCCUCUUUGAGAUGAAACUACAUCAGCCUGCUCAGGAAUGAUCAAAUUACAUAGUGUUGCUAUUACUAACAUAAACAUCUGGCUCAGAUUUCCAUCCAGAGAAAUUAAUGCUAAACUGGGUGCUUGCUAACAUCAGAUAGCCUGUACUAUGCUUAAAUAUAAUUCGGAAAACCUUGGAAAGAGGUAUUAACAGAAAAAAAAAAAAAAUAAGAUGGAUUUUUCACAGUCAUGGUUGCUUAUCCAGUGGAAGAUGUUUAAGGGAGUUCUGUUCACAUUGAGAGUGCCUAGCAAAUAACAGUGGAUUCCCUUUUGAUUGUACUAAGUGUUGAUUUUCUCCAUGAGUUGUUCGUCCUGUCCAGUG